AUGUCGGCGCGGCGGGGAAAGGAAACCGCAGGUAAACAGGAAAACGCCGCCGCCUCGUUUGCCUCGGAGAGCGCGUCGUGCUCGUCGGAGGAGGAUUACCGGUACGAGGAGGUUUUCCCGGGGAAACAGAGGAGCGUAGAGGAGGGUGAAGAAGACCUGCAGGUGGCACUGACGGCGGCGAGGGAGGCCGAGGAGGAAACCAGAGCCACACAGCGCCGACACAUCCCAAACAUCCCGGAGGCGGUGGACGACUUCCUGCAAAACUUCCUGCAGAAGCUGGGCUUGAGCCGGACGCUGCGGAGCUUCCAGGCCGAAUGGUACGGCUCGGUGCGGGACAGCGUUUUCAUCCCAGACGCCCUCACACACAAGCGGCUGCUUCUCAGCGAGCUGGCGGCGGUCCGGACGGACACAGAGCGGCUCCAACAAACAGUGUUGGCAGCGGGAGAAAACCUAGGGAAAAUGCGGAGGGAGAGGGACUUCCACCGUAUGCAACACCUGCGCGUCUCCCAGGAAAAAAGCCGGCUGGUGGAGGACGUGGAGCGGCUGAGGAAACACUAUGAGUCCUAUGAACCGGCGCUGCUCCAGCUGAGGAAGAAACACCAGGCGGCUCUCAGGCAGAAGAUGCUCCUCAGCCUGGACAGAGACAGGCUGAAAAGCACAACAAAGCCGGGGUUCACCGAGAAAAAGCACCAAAAGAAGACGGACAACAGCGCAACAAACAUCAAGACCAUUACCCUCCCUGCACAUAAGGCGCCACCACCUGAAAGGACAGAGUGUCCUGUUUCCAUCCGUGUGGGUCCUCACCUGGAUCAGACCAGGUCUCCAAUUCCCUGGGAGGACAAAAGCCCCGGCUCCUUCAGCAUCUCCUGCUCAAUCAAAGCUCAUGAGCUUCCCAUCAGCUGCCUGGAUCUCCAUCCACACAAACACAUCCUGGCUUCAGCCAGUGAUGACCACCUGUGGAGGCUGUGGGCUCUGCCUGAGCAUGGAGAGAAGGUGGGGCAGAUGUUGCUGACAGGUGAAGGUCACACUGACUGGCUGUCUGGCUGCAGUUUUCAUCCUGAUGGAGGACAAAUAGCAACAACCAGUGGAGACACAACGGUCCGGCUGUGGGACUUCACCCAUGGGUGCUGCCUGUUAACCCUGUCAGGUCACAGCCAGGCCACUUGGGGUUGCACCUUCCACUCAUUUGGUGAUGUCCUGGCCUCAUGCUCGGCAGAUGGCACAGUCCGGCUAUGGGACCUGAGCAGCCAACGCUGCCGCCGCACGCUACGCCACCACUCUGCUUCCGUCAGUAGCGUUUCCUUCCUGCCGCUGUCUGACCUGCUGCUCACCUGCUCUGUCGACAGGACCGUCUGCCUCUUUGACACCCGGCUCGGCAUCUGCACGCAGAUGCUCCGCGGACACCAGCACCCCUGCAGCCACGCUGCCUUCAGCCCACAGGGCAAUGCCGUGGCCUCCUGCGAUGCCCAUGGCGUGGUGAAGCUGUGGGACAUCCGGAAACCAUCUGUAGUGGUCAGCAUGAACACUGGGCCAAUGUCUGGAAACCAGGUGGCCUUCAGCCCAUCUGGUGGGACGCUGGCAGUGGCUGGGGGUGAUGGAGAAGUGAAACUGCUGGAACUGGUUUCCCGCAGCGUGUUGGGUCUGUCGGGCCACAGUGGGGCAGUGCAGAGUGUCCUGUUCAAUUGCACGGGACAGUCUCUGAUGUCCAGCGGGACAGAUGGAUUCAUAUUACUCUGGGAGUAAAAUAAAUCUGAUCCAAAAACUGUAUCGAUGUCUCAGGUGCAGUUAUCAUGAUUAUUACUGAUCAUGAUGCUGAGGAGCAAAAUUAUUUCACUGAGCUUUUGCUUUCUGCGUCCUGCAGCUCUUUACA